GUUUUUGUCGCAUGACCAAAUCAACGAGUUUAAGGAGUGCUUCUCGCUGUAUGACAAGAAGCGCAAAGGCAGGAUUGAGGCCAGAGACCUGCUGACUGUCAUGCGUAGCCUGGGAACCAGCCCCACACAUAGCGAGGUCACUCGCCACCUGCACAUCCACAAAAUAGAGCGUAAUGGGGAGCUGGACUUCUCUACCUUCCUGACCAUCAUGCACCGGCAGCAGGAGCAGGAGCAGCCCAACGACGAGAUCCUAUUGGCCAUGAGGAUGAUUGACACCCAGAGGCGGGGCUACAUCUCUGCAGCGGACCUGCGUGCCAGACUUACCACCCUCGGAGAGAAACUCACUAAUGAAGAAGUGGAUGAGCUGUUCAAGAGUGCCGGCGUGUCCUCCGAUGGCUUCAUCCACUAUGAGGAGUUUGCCAAAGCCAUGGCCUCUCCCACCAACUCCACCUCCAAUCCCCGGACCAACUCCUCCACCAGCUCCAUGGCCAACCCCAGAGCGUACGCCUCCACAAAGUCCGCCUCGAACCUCAGGACCAACUCCUCCACCAACUCCACCUAUGACCCCAAAAUCUCUUCCUACUCCACAUAUGACCGCAGAGCUAAUAAGGCCUCACCCUCCGGCCGGCGCUGAGGGAUGCAAUUCCCCAUAGCAAAAAGCCUCCACCCAGUCCGCCACACAAGCCAAGAACCAACUAAACACCUCCUCCAACUCGACCUAUGACCCCAGGAUGAAUGCCUCUACCUACUGCACAUAUACGCAUAACCGGCCGUCCGGGUACUUCGUUCGUGAAUGAACGGUUCCGCAAACGCAGUUCAUUCAGCCACGGCUGUUUGGCUAUUUGAACAGCCGACAACACAACAGGUCUUUGGUAUGCUGAAAGUGAACAACUCUAGUCUACAGAUCUUUGUCUUUCGCGUCUUCUUCCUCAACACCAACAGAGCCUUGCCUUGAACUUGUUGUCCAUCAAUGUUAUCCCCCAAAAAGGGGCGGAACACACAUGGCACUCGUCACGCUGGUUAUGGGCAGAGCCAUACAGAGGGGAGAGUUGCGCGAUUGGAGGACCAGGAAUUAAAUUGCAGCCCCGCCUUUCAACGAGAUCGAGGUCGUGCCUAAAGCGGCUGUCUUUCCAUAGACUCAACAUAAAACCACCACAUUAAAAGCCAAAAAUAAGGACUAACGAACUAUACUGCGGGGUAAUCACCACAAAUAUGUAAACUAUCAACUGUCUCGGUAAUGAUAAUCACAACAGUUUUACCAUCUGUGAUGUUUAUCUGAAGUUAUUACUACGAACAGCAAGUCUUGUCAUAUUCCCUGCAUUGCAUCGCAUUGCAUUUGCUGUGUGCUACGCCCACUUCUAGGCACUAACAUUCGCAACGCUUAAGCAGUUCUGAGACACUAAAUAGCUAAUUUUGCUAAUGCGGAAGUCGGCCCUAGGACACAGUAUAGAUUGCCCGACUCUCCCCUCUGUAUGGCUCUGGUUAUGGGGCACCUAAGUCACGCCCUCUACUUCCUGGUUCAUGGGGCAAUAAGUUGCAAAGAAUUGAAUGGAAGUGAACGAGGCGAGUCGUCGUGGAUUUGUGGUGCUUAGGUGGAGGUCCAAGGUUUGGAUUGGUGUCGAAAAACCACUCAUUUCAAGCCCAGUAAUUAUUUUUUGACUCUCCAUGCCCCAUGAACCAGGAAGUAGAGGGUGUGACUUAGGUGCCCCAUACAUAUGGCAGUGAUGGUACCAUCACUGGCGAAGGUCUUACCCUCUGGCAGACGCCGAUGGAGGAUGAUGCCUCUCUGGUGCACACUAAAUUUCGCUGUGUUAAUUCAACACUCAGACAGUGGGACUAAACACACUCUGUUUUAAGGGAUGAAGGAGCAGAGGCACCCAGAAUGCUUCUGCUUUUUCCUCCAUUUUUGGACUUACACUUCACCCGGUACAGAUGAGCACCUGAGUAACAUUGGCUGCACAGUCUCCUGAUCGCUUUAAGCCCUUUUGUGUACACUCUGUGUUAAAUUCAACUCUUUAAGUGUGUUAGAUGAGUGUUGUUCCAAGAGUGCUGUUUCUAGACACUACGAAAUACAUUGGUACACACUGAAGAGGACUUUGUGUCUAUAUGGGUCUGUGUAACCUUGACCGAGUGCAUUACUCUUUUUUAGUAAAGACAAUAAGCCAGAAAGGGCUAUCUUUUCUACUCGUCUCCCUACCUGUCUCCCCAAGAACAAGACAAGGUCACCCUUGGUCACCAGGGACCACGCCCAGCUGCCCCAAGAUGCACACAACAAUAAUCCACACAUACCCAGAGCUCGGAACAGUGGUGAAACGUCAGUUAGAGGCGAUUGGUAGAAUUUAAAAUAUAAAUGCAUUUCGUUUACUAGACAAGGUAGGCCCAGUGUUCAAGAACGUUUUUCAUGAGUUAGAAGUGGGGGGAAUGCUUUCUUCUGUGUGUGUGUGUGUGAGUGUGGGUGUGGUUGUGGGUGGGUGGGUGUGCUUAAGUGUAUGUGUGCAUACUCUGUACACUGUAAGUGAGCUGAUAGAAUGAAGAUCAAAUGAAAUAUAAUUUAAUAUAA